UUAUUUCUUUUGUAGUUUUAGGGAAUCAGAUUAGCCGUUAUUUAAAGUAGAUAUUAGCGUUUCGAAAACCUUUUUUUUAUGUUGAUAUUUGAAUUAAGGAUCGCUCAAGCCAGUCGAUUUUAUGUUUCUCUUCGGUUGUUUGUUUCAUCUGCGGGAAAGUAAUCUGGAUUUCUGGUUACUUCUUCGCGGUAUUGGGCUAUUAUCCAGGAUUUCUCGUAUUAAGUUUUCUGCAGAAGGGCAUUGUUCAAAUUCGAUGGAUCUUAUAGAUAUAACCUCUUCAGAUAGUGAAAAUGAAGUCAGUAUUGAAAAGGAAACCUCACUUGCUGCGGGAUUUUCUACUUCACCGAUUCCAAGGAUGAUUCCUUCACAGGCUUCAACCUCCACAUGUUAUAAUGGAUCUUCUCAAAAGCCUUUAUUGCUUGAAAGAGCAUCACCUUCUAACGAAAGAUCUGCAAACCGUGAUCACUAUUCAAGGAGUAAACUCCAAAUGAUUCCAAGUUAUAGUGAUCAGGGAAAAACUUCAAAUCAGGAGAGUUCCCUGAUGGAUAAUGCUAAAUACUCCAUAAAAAAUGGAAAUACAAGUCAGCCAAUGAAUUUUGUAGACAUUGAAAAUCUUGGAAUGGCAACUGAUUCCAGAAAUAAUGAGAUGCUUGGUACAGCUUCUGGAAAGGUUUUAUCCCAACAAAAUUCAAGGAGAAUUAUUCCACCGUCUCUUAAUCAAUCUGCACCAAGUACUAAAUCAAAAACUUCUUUGGAGAAUGGGACUAGCAGUUACAUACCAGAUAAUCAUGGCAAAUCCUAUCAAUCCUAUCAUAAUGACGAUGAUGUUAUUAUGUAUGAAAAUAGAGGAAGUAGGCUUCUACCACCAUCUUUGAUGCAGGUCAAGUCUACUAGUUCACUGUACAGUAGUUCAAGUGAUCCUGCAUAUCAUCUUCAUUUGGGAGAAGAAAGGUCUGCAGAGAAUGACGAGAGAGUUAUUUUUCAAGCAGCUCUACAGGAUCUUUCACAGCCAAAAGUAGAAGCUACUUUACCUGAUGGUCUUUUGGUGGUGCCUCUAUUAAGGCACCAGAAAAUUGCCCUGGCAUGGAUGCUGCAGAAGGAGACACUUAGUACGCAUUGUUUAGGUGGAAUUCUGGCCGAUGAUCAGGGCCUUGGUAAGACUAUAUCGACGAUUGCCCUUAUACAAAUGCAGAUGCGUUUGCAGUCAAAAUACACUUCAGAUGAUCAAUGCACGUUGAAACCUGAACCCUUGAGUUUGGAUGAUGAUGACGAUGAUAAUGGCGUUUCUGAUUUUGUAAAGAUAAAGUAUGAUGGAGAAUCGAGUGAAGUUAAAAAGAUUCCAAAGGUAGUUAAUGCUGUUCCUGCAUUCUGUAAGGUUAAGCCUUCUGCAGGUACUUUGGUUGUGUGCCCGGCCAGUAUUCUUCGUCAGUGGGACAGGGAACUGAAUGACAAAGUCGCAGACAGUUCUAAAUUGAAAGUUUUGAUCUAUCAUGGAGGCUCUAGAACAAAGGAUCCUAUUGAGCUAGCAAAAUAUGAUGUUGUUCUCACAACAUACUCUAUUGUAACUAAUGAAGUUCCAAAGCAAGCUUUAGCUGAUGAUGAUGAUGGUGACCAAAGAAAUGGGGAAAAGUGUGGAUUAUCUCCAGAAUUUUCAACCAGUAAGAAAAGGAAAAAGAUGUCUAACACCAGUAAGAAAGGAAAAAAAGGUAGAAAGGAAACUGAUGGUUCAUCUCAUGAUUUUGGUUGUGGUGCACUUGCAAGGGUUGUCUGGUUCAGGGUGGUAUUAGAUGAAGCUCAAACCAUAAAAAACCACAGAACUCAAGUGGCUAGAGCCUGCUGUGGUCUUCGAGCUAAAAGAAGGUGGUGCUUAUCAGGAACUCCAAUGCAAAAUUCAAUUGAUGAUCUGUACAGCUACUUCAGAUUUCUGAAGUAUGAUCCAUAUGCUGUCUAUAAAAAUUUCUAUCUUCAAAUAAAGAUCCCAAUAUCCAGAGAUGCACCCAGUGGUUACAAGAAACUUCAAGCAAUUCUGAAGACCAUAAUGCUGCGCCGUACAAAAGGCACGCUGCUUGACGGAGAGCCUAUUAUUAAAUUACCCCCAAAAUCAGUAUACUUGACAAAGGUGGAGUUCUCUACUGAGGAACGGGCCUUCUAUUUAAACCUAGAAGCAGAUUCACGUUUGCAGUUCAAGAAAUAUGCUGCUGCUGGCACGGUGAAUCAGAACUAUGCAAAUAUUCUAUUAAUGCUUUUGCGUCUCCGCCAAGCUUGUGAUCAUCCUCGUCUUGUGAAAGAAUAUCACUCAGAUCCUGUUGGAAAAGCUUCCUUAGAGAUGGCAAGGAAACUCCCCAGGGAUAUGCUGGUCAAUUUAUUAAAUCGCUUGGAAGCUUCUUUGGCAAUUUGUGGUAUAUGCAGUGACCCAGUCCCACCUGAAGAAGCUGUUGUUACUAUGUGUGGCCACGUCUUUUGCUAUCAGUGUGUAUCUGAAUAUUUAACAGGCGAUGACAAUCAGUGUCCUGCAGAUGAAUGCAGAGAAUCACUAGGUUCUGAUAUUGUGUUUUCUGGGGCUACUCUAAGAAGUUGUAUUUUUGAUGAGAAUGAUGGUAAUUCCAAUUCUUUGGAGGUUGCUGAGAGAUCUGUGGCUCCACAGAGUGUGUACAGUUCUUCAAAAAUUAGAGCUGCUAUUGAAAUUCUGCAGUCUCUUAAUAAGUCAAAGAACCCAAGUUCAGUAUUAAGUUCUCAGGGCUGUGGUGCAACAGGCUCAGACUGUUGUUUCUCUGAUGCUAGUGAUGUACAAUGUGUACAUUCAAGCCCUCGAACAGAAGGACGUGUAAAAGCUAUUGUUUUCUCCCAGUGGACUAGCAUGCUGGACUUACUUCAGAGUGCAUUGAAUGACACUUGUAUGCAGUAUAGAAGACUUGAUGGGACAAUGUCCCUGCCUUCAAGAGACAAGGCUGUCAAAGAUUUCAACACUGAUCCAGAGGUGACGGUUAUGUUGAUGUCACUAAAAGCAGGAAAUCUUGGUCUGAAUAUGGUUGCUGCUUGUCAUGUUAUACUGCUAGAUCUCUGGUGGAAUCCAACAACUGAAGAUCAGGCUGUUGAUAGAGCACAUAGAAUUGGGCAGACUCGGCCUGUAACUGUUUCUCGGAUAACUGUCAAAGAUACCGUGGAAGAUCGGAUAUUAGCUCUCCAGGAGGAAAAGAAAAAGAUGGUUGCAUCUGCUUUUGGAGAAGAUCAAGCGGGUGGUUCAGCAACUCGGCUUACAGUGGAAGAUUUGAGAUAUCUAUUCAUGGUCUGAAAUAAAACUUGUCCUCUAUGCUCAGAGUUGUCAGGUAUUCCUUGUACACCAUUUCUCAAGGAAAGACCAAGGAAUCAAACCUGAAUUUGAAUGGUUGAGAUGCAACAGGUUCAACUGAAGCUGUGCCUAUGCCUCUUGCUGCUUGGCCGUCACUCAGGCCGGAGUGAUGCAUAACAUAUUAUUUUAGUCUGACAUAGCUAGCUGAGGCUUAAAAGCCAGUAUUAUUGUGCAGAUGUAGUAAGACAAACAUAUUGUAAAUAUCUGAAUAUACAUGCCCCAUGCUUAAAUGUAUGGCAUAACAAUCAAUGACGUUGACA